GGUAAGACAAAAAAAGUCCUUAGCAUAUUUUAUAAUAUUUAUUUUAAUGUGUGAUAAGAUAUAAAAGAUACAUUUUAAAUAAAACAUAAAAGAGAAGUGUAACAUUAAAUUGAAAGAAAAAGAAAAUUACAACAAAAAAAAAUAUAAAAAAAAAUAGAAUUUUUUUUUUAAAAACAUAAUUAAAAGGAAACAAACAUUUUAUUAAAUUCAGAAAAACUUAUAAAUUACAUGUUGUUUGGAAGAUGUCCAUUAGUCCAUAUAUUUUCAAUCAAAUCAUUUUUUAAUGUCGAUCUCGAUCCCAAUUCGAUUUUUCCGUAACGAAAACCCUUCAACCAUUCCCUUCCCGACACGUAUCACCUAAAGACAAAAAAAAAUAUGUUAGCUAAGGACAAAACGGACGCGUCCCAGCGUAUAUGAUACAAUUUUGAUUUAAAUUAAAUCUUUUACUCUCUAUGGACUAAAGCUAAUGACCCUGAUAAUGCUGCCCUUAUGCAACUUUAGAUUCGAUGAGACUUUUUCAUUAAGUUUCUCUAGUGUAAAUAUUGUUUUUUUCUUUCUUUUUGCUAAGAUUUCCACAAAUUAGGUUUAUGUAACCCUAAAACCUUCAUCUUGAUGAUAUUUACAUUCUAGCAAAAAAAAAAUUAAAGAACCUUGUGUUGAUGAAAGCAUCAUUUAUUUGAAACCCAAAUAAUAUAACACGCAAUAGUUAAAGCCCAUUGUAUAAAGCAAGGCAUUUAACUUUACUUUUCUUGCAAACCAAGCAAUAUCGUAAAGCCAACCAUACCAUCCUUCCAUAAAACGAUGAGUUCUCUAUAAAUGUAACGAAUGUUGUCUAUAGACAAAGACUUAAGUUUCCUAAAAUUAACAAAGAAAUCUCUAUGGAAAAUCUCAUCACCACUUUUCAUCCUACACAUUUCCUUCAAGAGUCUGGUCCCCAUUCCACCCAUUAUUAUUCAAGGAGAUGCGUUAUUUGUGAAAAAUGGAUGUCUCCAAAGUCUAAUUAUUUUUACUGUCGGUCAUGUGAUUUCUAUUUUCACAAAGAAUGUACAACCAGUUUGAUGGAGAAUCUGACAAUAGAUCGUCCAGAGACACAUGCACAUACGCUCACCUUCAUUCGCAAAAGGAACCCUUUCAACUGUGACGCUUGCGGAAGGGUCAGUAAGGAUGUGAUGAAUAUGUACGGAUGUUUGUCCUGCAAUUUCUUUAUCCACAGAGAUUGUAUGUAUUUACCAAAGGUUAUAAAGCUCACUCGUCACUCUCACCGCUUGUUUCAUACUUAUCAAGUUCCUGAUCACAACACGAAAUGUCGAAUAUGUUAUGACCCGUUUGUUUGCGGAAGUGGAGGAUAUAUUUGUAGUGACAAGACGUGUGAUUAUAAACUUCACUCGCAAUGUGCAACGCGUAAAGAGAUUUGGGAUGGCAAAGAUGUGGAGAGAGAACCUGAAGAAAUUAGUAACUCUGAAGAUGUUACGAUGAAGUUUUCAUCGUUGGAGGAGGUAGAUGGCAAAACACUCCGUCAUUUUAGUCAUCACCAUGAUUUAAUUAGGCUUUGUGUCAAUGGUGGAGAAGAAGAAAACAAAUGAGUAUGCCAAGCAUGCAUUCUUCGCAUUGGCUCUAAUAGUUUCUUGGGUUGUAAAGAAUGUGAUUUUGCACUCCAUGACACGUGUGCAAGGCUACCUCGGAAGAUGGAACACCUGUUUCACCGCCAUUCACUAACCCUAGAGGUGGACAUGAUGAACAUCAAAGAAGGGUUCUUCAGAUGUUCUAAAUGUGAACGAGAAUCAUGUGGUUUCAUGUAUUAGUGCUGCCAAGAGGAAUGUGACUUUAAAAUGGAUGAAAAGUGUGCUUCCCUUGCUGGUCCAUUAUACAGUGAAACCCACAAACACCCUCUCACUCUAUUAGACUAUGGGGCACGUUGUUACGAAUGCUAUGAAUGUCCAUUCUCUUUGGAUUCAAAACAAGCAACUUUGCCGGUGUUGGUAAAAUGCAACUAUGACAUUCAUCCACUUACCCUAUGUUUUGGUAGACAUAUUAUGUGCCCAUGGCGGCCCUUUUCUUGUGAAAUCUGUGAAAUAAGAAUAAAACCUGAUUAUCCGGAUUACGAAGAUCUCUACGGCUGCUUCGAUUGCAACACCCUUGUACACGUUGAGUGUGCAAUAGGGAAAUACCCGUAUCUGAAGCCUGGCCAUACGAUCAAACUGAAUGGUUUUGAGAUUGAGAUUGCAUCCAACAGUUUUUCUCGGCCUAUAUGUCACGCAUGUCACUCUACCUGCCAAGAUAAACUGGUUUUCGAGAAUAAGAGCAGUGCCAUCUCUUUCUGUUCUAUCAACUGUAUAACCUCUUCAUAGAAAAUAUUAUUAUAUAUUACUAAAUUACAAAUUAUAAAUAUUUUCAAGAAUGCUUUUAAAAUUAUAAAUUACUAAAUUACAAAUUAUAAAUUAUAAAAUAUUAUUUAACAUAUCAAUAUUAAAAAUGUACUAUAUAUCUAUGUUAAUAUUAAUUACACUUAAUUCUAUACCAUAUAAAAUAUUAUAUUUGUUUGUAUUAAUAAAAUUUAUUUAUGUAUUUGCUCCAAUUUAAUUAUGUACGUAAUAGUUACUGAAUUAUUAAUUAUUCAGUAUAUUUGUUUGUAUUAAUAAAAAAAAUUAUGUGUUUGCUCCAAUUUAAUUAUGUACGUAAUAGUUACUGAAAUAUUAAUUAUAUAGUAUAUAUUUAUUAUUUCAUAAUAUAAAAAAAAAUAUAAUACCAAAAAGUAAUUUAUGUAUAAUAUUCAUUUCGCGCAUGGAUAUUAAUCUAAUAUAUAUAUAUUUGUUGUACGCAUAUCCAAUACUUUUUAGUUUUGCUGUUUUCCCGUCCCCAAUUCCAUACCAGUAUCCGUCCAUGUAUCUAUCUCAGUGCAACAUAAGGUAUUCGGUGCAACAUAGAUAAGCAUGCACAUAUUCCACUGGUUUUAACUACAUCCAAUUUGGUCUGAGAUGUAUUUGAGUAGAACCUACCAGCCUUAUAUCAUAUAUAUUAUUAUACAAAAUCUCAAUGAUUCGCAUGUUGUAAAGAGAGGGGAGAGAUCAACGAGAGAAACAUGAAGCUCACUGUCUCCAAUGUUGUUAAACGUCCUGAACGUUCGACUUAAGGGCAUCAAGCCAAGUAGCCAACUGCCAGUAAUCACUUACUAACAUAAACACUAAACAUUCAAUGAUCCAUACAAAGCGUAAAAGAAGGUAUUUUUUUUAUAAUUGCAAUGCAGAAGUGAAGUUGAAUCAAAAGAAGAAUCCCAUAAACAUAAUUCUAAUCAGUUAACAUAUUGGUCCCUUUGUAUCUAUAAAAAUAAAUAUGUUCUCGAACACUGUUAAUAUUACAGAUUAGGUCUUACUUUCACCUCAUUGUUAUUUUACUAUCAAAUAAUUUUGUAAUAUAAAGUAAAAAAUCAUCAACCCCAAGAAAAUAUAUUGAUUAAUUAAUCAGUUUAGUUGAGUUAUGUAUUAAAAAAAAUAUACUUCAGGAGUGCAAUUUAUCAAAGUACACGGCGAGCCCUGAAAUCUCAAACAUGGAAGUCUCCGCCUCAACGGGGCAACACAAACGAAGACUCCUAAUUCUGCAGUUAACAACAGAUUUUAGACAAAGUUAAGAACCUUGCGUUGAUGAAAGCAUCACUUAAAGUGAUUACUAGGUACGGUAUUCGAAACCCACAUAAUAUGACACGCAAUACUGUAAAGAAAGGCCUAAUUAAAGGAAGGCAUUAACUUUACUUUUCUUGCAAGCCAAGCAAUAUCUUAAAGCCAACGGUACCUUCCUUCCACAGAAGGAUAGUGAGUGUCGUCUAUAAAUAAAGACUGAAGUUUCCUAAAAGUAACAAACAAACCCCUAUGGAAAACCUCUUCACCACUUUUCGUCUUACACAUUCCCUUGAAGAGUUUGGUCCCGAUUCCACCCAAAUUGAUGUAGUAAAUGAAUGCUUUAUUUGUAAAAUAAAGAUCUAUUACAAGUCCAAUUGUUUUCGUUGUCGUCUAUGUGACUUCGGUUUUCACAAAGAAUGUCAGACUACUUUGAUGGAGUCGAAUCUGACAAUAGAUCGUCCAUAGACACAUGAACAUACGCUCACCUUCAUUCGCAAAAUGAACUCUUUCAACUGUGAUGCUUGCGGAUUGGUCGAUAAGUACGAGAUAAAUAUGUACGGAUGUUUGCCCUGCAACUUCUUUAUCCACAGAAACUGUAUUUAUUUACCAAAGGUUAUAAAGCUCACUCGUCACUCACACCGCUUGUUUCAUACUUAUAAAGUUCCCGAUUGUAACACAAAAUGUCGACGUUGUGAAAACACGUUUGUUCCCGGAUGCGGAGGAUAUAUUUGUAUUGACAAGACGUGUGAUUAUAAACUCCAUUCAUAUUGUGCAACGGAUAAAAACACGUGGGAUGGCAGAGAUGUGGAGGGAGAACCUGAAGAAACCAGUAACUCUGAUCAAGAUGUUACGUCGUUGAAGGAGGUAGAUGGCAAAACGUUUCGCCAUUUUAGUCACCAGCAUGAUUUAAUGAGACUUUGUGUCAAUGGUGAGAAAGAAGAAGGCGAAGAACGAGUAUGUCAAGCAUGCAUCCUUCCUGUUGACUUUGAUUGUUUCUUGGGUUGUAAAGAAUGUGAUUUUGCACUCCAUGAUACUUGUGCAAGUCUGCCUCGGAAGAUGGAACACACCUUUCACCGCCAUCCAAUAACCCUAGAGGUGGACAUCGAAGAAGGGUUCUUCCGUUGCUCUAAAUGUGAACGAGAAUCAUGUGGUUUCAUGUAUCGGUGCUGCCAAGAGGAAUGUGACUUUAAAAUGGAUGCAAAGUGUGCUUCCCUUUCUGAUCCAUUAUACAGUCGAACCCACGAACACCCUCUCAGUCUAGCAGAUUAUGGGGCAAGUUGUUACAAAUGCAGUUUCUAUUUGGGUCCAAACCGGGUAAGUCUGCCAGUGUUGGUAAAAUGCAACUAUGACACUCAUCCACUUACCAUAUGUUUAUUUGAAUCAAUUAAAUCAUGGGUAUGGCCGCCGUUUCAUUGUGAAAUCUGUGAAAUAAGAAUAAAACCUAAAUAUCCUGAUUAUGAAGAUAUCUACGGCUGCUUCGAUUGCAACACCGUUGUACACGUCGAGUGUGCAAUAGGGAAAUAUCCGUUUCUGAAACCUGGCCAUACGAUCAAACUGAAUGGUUUUGAGAUUGAGAUUGCAUCCAACAGUCUUUCACGGCCUAUAUGUCAUGCAUGCCACUCUACCUGCCAAGAUAAACUGGUUUUCAAGAAUAAGAGCAGUGCCAUCUCUUUCUGUUCUAUUAACUGUAUAACAACCUCUUCAUAGAAAACCCUAUUAAGAGCAGUGUGUAGAGUGCUUGCGUAAAAAUAAGUUUACAUACUUCUCCUCGCAUAUAUAUUUACUUCAAACUUCUAAUCUCUUUUAUUUAUUGUUGAUGAAGUCUGUAUGAUAAAUAAGAUAUUGCUUUGCUUUCAUUUCAGUUGUAAAUUAAACUACCAUGAAUCGAAUAAAUUUGUAAGAUAACUUCGAAAAUCGUUUUCUUCAAGAAAUAGAUUGUAUGUUAAGUUAUCUUCUCUAAUAUAUUAGAUUAUGAAAAUAUACUUACCGCUUCAUGGUCGAAUCCUGUCCAACCAUCGGAUCUGUCCGGUUUUUAAAACACUGUGUUUAAGAAAAUAGAUUAUACUUAAGUUAAUUAUCUUCUAUACUGAAUUUUGAAAACAUACACAAAUCAUAGAUAACAGUGAACAUAAUUUUUUAGCUUUUUUGGUGAAAACAAACUAAAAAAAGUUAUCACUGAAAAUUUAUCUAUUUAUUAUACAGCAAAUCUAAAAUAAUACGACUACUGGCAAAUAUAUAAUUAAUUACAUAUCUUUUAAAUAAAACUGAAGAAAUUCCUAGUGACUCAUUUCGGACCAUAAGAUCCAAAACCCGAAAAGUAGGUUCUGCUCUUCGCAGUCCGUCCUUCUUUCAACACUGCGGUAAACUUCUAGACUAGGUUGCACGGGUACUCCAAAUUGGUGCCGUCUCAUGUAUCGGGUUCGUCGGGGGACGGGGACGUCUCGGGUACGCCUAGGAAACGUCCCCAAUAUGUGUGAGGUGAACCCGGGACGUCAAGACUCAAUGGGUACGGGCUUGGUCAGAGAAAGAGACGUUCCAGAAACGUUUCCGCAGAAAAUAGACGUAUCCAUCUGAAUUUUUGUGUUAUAAGAAGUGUAAAAAAAUAAACCAUAUAUGUUUUUAACCUUUAAUGUGUUUAUUCCAUUAAUUUUGAAAAGAUCAAAAGUUGUAAUUAAAAAAAAUAAUAGUGUCUCUCUCUUCGAUUCUUCCACUCUCACUUUAGUCUCUUGCACUUCCAUCUUCUUUCUCUUUGAAACUCAAGUCUCGACCAUAUCUCUCUCUGUGAUAUAUCAGCAACAGAAAACAGACGCACUUUCCUUCCCUCCUUGUCUCUUUGUUGUUUAUAUCACAAGCAAAACGCGUAAGCAUUUUCUUUACCUUUUUCUUGUAAUCUUAUCUUACGAAAAUAAUUCAUAUACAAUGUUUCUGAGUUUUUUAUACAAAGAUGUGACUGUCAGUUUAUAUGUAUCAUAUAUUUUUUUAGCUUAUUCUGUUGCUGUUUAGUAUUUUGAUCAAGUGUAUUUGCUGCUGUUUCUGUUGUUGUCUAGUAUUUUUAUCAAGUGUGUUUGCUAUUGUUUCUGUUGAUGUCUAGUAUUUUGAUUAAGUGUGUUUGCUGCUGUUAAAACUUAUGUUUCAGAUUUUAACAUUUUGACUUAUGGAUAUUUUUAUAAUUUCUUAUAAUAUGGUCGCCGUUUCUAUACCGUAACCGUAUCUACAAAUUUUAAGUUUGACGUUUUCCAUCCCCGCUCCCGUCCUAGUUUCUGGUCUCCGUCCCGGUCCCGGGGCUGCUUAGCUUCUAGAUGCUUCAUCGGCUUUCAUUCUUCUGAUACAAAGUGUGUUUAUUGAAAUUGUUGAGGUUUAAAAGUGAAUCUAGAGAAUUGAAGAGACCAAGUGAAGUGUAACUAGAGUUGUUUGGAAGAUGUUCUAGAUGGUAGUGUAAGGUUGGAAGGAAGUUGAGUUUUGAAGAUGUUGAAAUUUGUAAGGGUUGAGGGCAAGUGCUUGCUUUUAUCAAUGAUGGCUCAAAUUAAGAGCCCGGGUUAAUCAUGCUCUAAGACUUUAAAGUCUCGGCCUCAAUGGGGCAACACAAACGAAGACUCCCGAUUCUGCAGUUAACAACAUACCUCGGACAAAGUUAAAGAACCUUGCGUUGAUGAAAGCAUCACUUAAAUGAUUACUCGUUCGCUAUUCGAAACCAAAAUUAUAUGACAUGCAAUAGUGUAAAGCCGCCCAUUGGAUAAAGCAAGGCAUAAACUUUAUUUUCCUUGCAACCCAAGCAAUAUCUUAAAAGUCAACAAUACGUUCCUUCCACAGAACGAUGAAUUCUCUAUAAAUGUAAUGACUGAGGUUUACUAAAAGUAACAAACAAACCCCUAUGGAAAACCUCAGCACCACUUUUCAUCCUAAACAUGUCCUUGAAGAGUAUGGUCCAGUACAUCCCAAUGACGGUGCAAAGAUAUGCAUAAUUUGUGAAACAUGUAUCUCUUCUCGGCCUAAUUAUUUUUAUUGUCGUGUAUGUGACUUCUUUUUUCACAAAGAAUGUCACACUACUUUGAUGGAGUCAAAUCUGACAAUUGAUCGUCCAAGGACACAUGAACAUAAGCUCACUUUCAUUCGCAAAACGAACUCUUUCAACUGUGAUGCUUGUGGAGAAGUCCGUAGCAAGAAGAUGAAUAUGUACGCAUGUUUGCCCUGCAACUUCUUUAUCCACAGAAACUGUAUCUAUUUACCAAAGGUUAUAAAGCUCACUUGUCACUCACACCGCUUGUUUCAUACUUAUCACGUUCCUGAUUGUAACACGGGCUGCUCACUUUGUUUUGCCUCGUUUGUUUCGGGAUGCGGAGGAUAUAUGUGUAUUAACAAGACGUGUGAUUAUAAACUCCAUUCAUAUUGUGCAACGCAUGAACUGAUUUGGGAUGGCAGAGAUGUGGAGGGAGAACCCGAAGAAACCAGUAACUCUGAAGAUGUUACGUCGUUGAAGGAUGUAGAUGGCAACACGUUCCGCCAUUUUAGUCACCACCAUGAUUUAUUGAGAUUUUGUGUCGAUGGUGAAGAUGAAGGAGACGAACGAAUAUGUCAAGCUUGCAUCCUUCCCAUUGACUUUGACAGUUUCUUGGGUUGCAAAGAAUGUGGUUUUGCACUCCAUGACACUUGUGCAAGUCUGCCUCGGAAGAUGGAAUACCAGUUUUACCGCCAUCCGCUAGCCCUAGAGGUGGACAUCGAAGAAGGGUUCUUCAGCUGUUCUUAAUGUAAACGAGAAUCAUGUGGUUUCAUGUAUCGGUGCUGCCAAGAGGAAUGUGAGUUUAAAAUGGAUGCAAAAUUGUUUCAAAAAAAAAAAAAAAAAAAUGGAUCCAAAAUGUGCUUCCCUUGCUGAUCCAUUAGACAAUGGAAUCCACGAACACCCUCUCACUCUAACAAACUAUGGGGCAAAUUGUAAUAAAUGCCGUUUCUAUUUGGGUUCAAAACAGGUAAGUCAGCCAGUGUUGGUAAAAUGCAACUAUGACAUUCAUCCACUUACCCUAUGUUUAUUUGAAUCAACUUUAUUUAUGGUCGCAUGCAUGUCCGUUACGUUGUGAAAUCUGUGAAAUAAGAAUAAAACCUAAGUAUCGGGAUUACCAAGAUAUCUACGGCUGCUUCGAUUGCAACACCGUUGUACACGUCGAGUGUGCAAUAGGAAAAUACCCGUUUCUGAAACCUGGCCAUACGAUCAAGCUGAAUGGUUUUGAGAUUCAGAUUGCAUCCAACAACAGUCUUUCUCGGCCUAUAUGUCAUGCAUGCCACUCUACCUGCCAAGAUAAACUGGUUUUCAAGAAUAAGAAAAAUGUCACCAUCUCUUUCUGUUCUAUCAACUGUGUAACAACCUCUUCGUAGAAAACCCUCCUCCAACCAUAACUUCUACCUUUCUCAUUUUAUUUUACUGUUGAUCAAGUCUGUAUGACAAUAAGACCUUGCCUUGCUUUGCUUUCAGGUUAUUUGUAAGUUAAACUACCAUCACUCGAAUAAAUUUGUAACGAUAACUUUAUAGAAAACUAGGUGAUAACCCGCGCCGUGCGCGGGGUGUAAAAUCUAUAAAUAAAAUUUGAUUUGAAUAAUGUACGUUGAUUAGUGGUUAUUAAACGUCUAAAAUAAUUAGAGUUUAUAUUACGUUGAUUAGUGGUUAUUGAACGUCUAAAAUAAUGAAAAAAUAUAUUUUUGUAUCUACGCAUAAUAAUUACAAUUCAAAAUAUAGCGCAAACGGAUUGGACCCGUAUUAUAAAAUUAAGAUAUAAGGCCACAAAAGAUUGUACACCAUACUGUAUUGUAUCUAACUUAUUGGGCUUACAAUAUCAAAUGGGCUAUGUUUUUGUUUUGUUCUCUGUUUACUCAAGAGAAACGACAGAAAAAAAAAAUCUCUACGGUGUUUCGAUGGUCGCAAUAGAAAGGGGAUAAGGGUUUCUCAAUUCGGAGUGGACCCAACCAGCGAAAAAGAUUCGAUGGCUUAAACUGGUUCGCUUUCUUCAGCGAGGGUUCGUUUAUCUCGCAAACCAACCGCUUCACCUUAGUCAAUUCAGUCCCACCAAUAGCAUUCAUAUAGCAAGAAGAUGACUUCAUAUUUGCAGAAGGUAUGUUCUCUCCAAAUACGUAUUGAAUGAAGAGCUUCUCCGUUGUACAGAAGAUCACAAUAACAGAAAAAGUGGAUGCAGAAUUUUGGAAACAUUUGCUUGCUAACAAAGAAGAGGAUGAAUAAAAUAGAACAUCACAAUAGCCAAAUGCCAAAGGAAAACGUGUCGACAAAGCAAAUCAAAACCACAUCCAAUUGCGGUUUUUCUUCGAGGCUCAUGUUUAAGUUAAGGAUGUUAAAUUACCAGUUACACUGAUCUUGCCCCAUUUCAUAUGUUCAUUCAGUUUUUCGUAUAAACAUUUUAUUGAAUUUCGAAUGUUCAAUGACAGGCUCUUGUUUAAGUUAAGGAUGCUAAAUUAUAAUGUUCACUGAUAUUGCCCCAAUUCAUAUGUUCAUUCAGUUUUUCGUAUAGUUGUAACGGACACCACCUGUCAAACAUUUUAAAAAGAAAUAAGAGUUAUUAGUGUAACUGGUUUAAUGAAGAACCUGAUUAUUAGUGUAACUGGUUUGAAGAAGAACCAGAAUCAUUGAUUGGGGCGUAACUUUCGUAAUCAUUCAUUAUACGUAUAUUAAUAUAGAAUAACUUGUCGGUAGUUUAAAUAUAAGUUGGUCCAUACGACCAAAAAAUGUAAUCUCUAGUGAAAAAAAAAGCAUUUAAUGUGUACUCUGAGGAAGGCUGUCAAGCUGACACGUCAGCUUUGUACUUUAAGAUGAGUUCUUUUUUGUCGCAAUAUAUUGGCUCUUUGAUUCCUUGCUUCCCUUUGAAUUGUAUUUUGUGUAUUAGUUAUGUCCACAAAUACAUUUGGAUGGUCUCCAUGUCUGUGGGUUAAACCCACUUGAGGUAUAUGCGGAUUACCAAUGAUGGGAAGACUGUUAUUGAUCUCUGAAACCAAAAAAACUCAUCAUAACUAUUGCAUCCCUAAAAUCCGAAUAACAUUAUAAUAUGACAUGUAAUUAAUCAAACCUUGUCUCCGCCUUUUAGUUGGCAGUUGGACACCAGCAGUUUCAUCUGUAGCUUUCUUCUUUCUUCGAUGCAUGAUUUAUCUAACAAAGAAAAAAAUCGUUGUUGUAGAUUUGUUAGGCUAAUGUAUACGCUCUUCAAUUCUUAUGACUUCGAAGUAUUAGGCAUGUGUUGUAAGAAUUCCUAUAUCAUUCAAUCUACUUUGAUGCAGCAAGUAACACGUUAAAGGAAAGAAGAUAACUUAUAAUCGGAGAAAUUGUUAAACUUAAUUAAGUAGUGACUCUCAAGAAAAGAAACAAAAUAUCUCAUGUUGAAGUUGCCUUCUUUUCGUAUAUUAAUAUAUUUAAUAUAUACUUAAUAUCAAGUGUUGCGUAAUAUCUAAUGCAGGAACGAUUUGGAUCGCACAUAUAUUUUUCAAUGCACAAAUGGAUAUUAAGGGCUACAAAACUCAAAUGCAACCCUAGCCGCGCAACACUAAAUACAUAAGGCUUAUCUCACAGGAACAACUAAGAACGGUGCUGGAUUAAUUCCAGAAUGGAUCAGAUAUUGCAGAUAGACGUAUACGAUUACAGAAGACAUCAUUAUAUAAGAUCAGAGGAAAACGUGUCGACAAAGCAAAUCAAAACCACAUCCAAUUGCGGUUUUUCUUCGAGGUAUAUUAACAAUGUUUUUCGGUUAAGCUAUCCAGUGGUUAACGAUUUUGAGAGUUUAAAAAAUUAAAAACUAUCAUACAUGACCUUUAAACUAUCAUACAUGACCGUUAUAACCUAAGUUUAGUAGAACUUGAGAAAAACAAAAAAAAAAUUUGCGAUGUUUAUUAUUAAUUAUACAUGAACAAAUAAAUAUUUGCUACAAAAAUUAGUUGAGCAUCGAUGGUUUUAUUGAUCGUACAUCACUUGAACUAAGAUCAAGUUUUGAUCCAUGUGUUACACUUUCUGAUAAACAUAUAUAAACAGUUUUUGAAUUUCGUAUGUUCAAUGACAGGCUCAUGUUUAAGUUAAGGAUGUUAAAUUACCAGUUACACUGAUCUUGCCCCAUUUCAUAUGUUCAUUCAGUUUUUCGUAUAAACAUUUUAUUGAAUUUCGAAUGUUCAAUGACAGGCUCUUGUUUAAGUUAAGGAUGCUAAAUUAUAAUGUUCACUGAUAUUGCCCCAAUUCAUAUGUUCAUUCAGUUUUUCGUAUAGUUGUAACGGACACCACCUGUCAAACAUUUUAAAAAGAAAUAAGAGUUAUUAGUGUAACUGGUUUAAUGAAGAACCUGAUUAUUAGUGUAACUGGUUUGAAGAAGAACCAGAAUCAUUGAUUGGGGCGUAACUUUCGUAAUCAUUCAUUAUACGUAUAUUAAUAUAGAAUAACUUGUCGGUAGUUUAAAUAUAAGUUGGUCCAUACGACCAAAAAAUGUAAUCUCUAGUGAAAAAAAAAAGCAUUUAAUGUGUACUCUGAGGAAGGCUGUCAAGCUGACACGUCAGCUUUGUACUUUAAGUUACAACUUAAAAAAUGCUUCCCAAUUAAUAGAAAGGGGAUACCUUCAAGAUAGUAUAUUACAGUUAUGUUAAAUUUAUCUAAAAAAUACUCCCAUCAUCAUUUAAACUUGUACACAAUGAUUUAAAAACUUCUCUAACCACAUGAUUAAAUAACAAAUUCUCCAUGUAAUAAACAGAACAUUAUUACAUAAGAUUUUGGGUUUUUUGUUUAAUGGCAAAAAAAGUUGAUAAAGAAAACAAAAAAAAAGGACUUGGAUGCAAAACAUAAAUAUGCAAAUAAAAACUGAAUGGACCCCCACUCGUGCCGGACCAUAAAGUAGGUUCCUGCUCUCUCUCUCUCUCUCUUCGCCGUCCUUCCUUCUUUCAACACUUUCCCGAGCUGUGGUAAUAAGCUUCUAGAUGCUCUCAUUCUUCAUCUAUCUUUUUCGUCGAUUAACGACUCGAACACGUAGUAGAUCAUCGGAAAAUUUUGUUUCUUUUGGUUCGCAACCUUCGCCAUGAUUGCAGGUUCGGUGGAUAAUUGUUUGUGGCGGAAUACAAGAGGUAAUGUAGGAUGUGUACAGUUUCUAGAUAGCGAAUGUGUGGACUUUUUUUUUGUUUUCAGAUCUCUUUGCAAUAGAUUGAAUCUGCUCUUUCUUUUUCUUUCUUUUUUAACUUGUAGGAUUUACUAAUUUGUUCUUCUCUGCUUACCUUUAAUCUCCUUUCUCCAGGCACAUGUCCUCUCAAGGAUAUGUACCUUCCGAAGGAGUAUUAUACUGGGUGAGCAUGCUCAGUAGUUAGGACAUUUAAAUGCUUCAGUUAGAUCGUGUCUCUAUCUUAUCGUUUUCUCUUUUUGGCUUCGUUGUGAAUCCUGUUUUGUCUUCUAUUAGAUUAUUUCUUCAUAGCCCAUUCCUACAUCUGCAGCUCAUGAAAUUCUUUCAUUUAUAACAAGUUUCUAAAAAUGUCUUGAUGCUGUAAAUUCUCAAAUGGUUAUUUCUGCACUUGAAAAUCCAGCGUUCGUAUAGUACACCUAAAACUUCAUACUCCUCUAGUCAUUUUUAGUGAUAGUGAUAUGUUCCAUGUUCGAUCACAUUCAAAGAGUGUUUAUUGAAGUUGUUGAGGUUUAACAGUGAAUAUAGAGAACUGAAGAGGCCAAUGAAGUAAUUAGAGUUCUAUUUAAUUCUGUUUUCUUAUCACAGGUCUGUCUCACCUCAGGAUAGACGAUAUGAGAAGGAGAGGUCAUACUCUCGCUCACCACCAAAAAAUUGCUCAAGUGGGAGUCAUGGGAGGGUGAGGAGCCGUAGCCCAAGAAGUGUAAGCGUGAGCCAAGGAAGAAGUGUAAGCCCGAGAAGAACACAGGAGCUAUACACGCCCGAACAAGCCAGGAGGCCGGUUGCUAGGCAGAGCAGGAGCAGGAGUCUAAGCCCUCGUGGAGAAAGAAAUGGAGACCGUUCUCCAAGUCAGUGAUUUUCACACACACCCAUGUAUCUCUCUCUCUACACACCAGUUCUGCAGUCUUUUUGUUUUUGAUAAAGUUUCAAAGACUAUCUGUGUUUUUGUUUUAUGUUUUGAUUAAUGAAUGAACUUAAAAGACA